UCUGUAGUACGUUAUUAAUUAAUGACAGCUAGCAAUUGCAGAAAAACACUCAAAUUCUCCCAUGGCAGCGACCAGAGUGAUCUCCAAUACUACAAUCCAAGCACGAAGCCAUGUUUAUAUGAAUGGCGAUUCACCUGCACGAAUUGAGCUUAAUCCAUGGGAUCUUCGUUUCAUAGUUCUCGAGUAUGGUCAAAAGGGCCUUCUUUUCCACAAACCCACCAUAUUAUCAUCAUCAUCUUCUUCUUCUUCUUCUUCUUCUUCUUCGUAUCACACAGACAAAGUGAUCCAGCACCUUAAGGGCUCUCUUUCUGCCACCCUCAACUUCUUCUUGCCGCUCGCCGGCCGUCUUGCUAUUGUCCCCGACGCCGACAAUGAUGGCAUCUCUUCAGUCUUCAUCACUUGCAACAACGCUGGAGCAAGCUUUGUUCAUGCAAUUGCAGAGAACACUACAACGGCCGACAUCCUCGAACCAACUUAUGUUCCUCCGAUCGUCGAGUCCUUCUUCCCACUUGGCAAAUCGAAAAACUUCGAAGCAACUCAUAUCCCAUUAAUGGCGGUUCAAGUUACGGAGCUUGUGGACGGCAUCUUCAUCGCUUGCUCGAUGAACCAUUGUCUUGUUGAAGUGAAGCCAUACUGGAAUUUCUUGAACACUUGGGCUGAGAUUAGCCGAAAUCGUUUGAACCACUUAGGGUCGGAUUUGAAGCUUGCAUCAUUUGAACGUUGGUUUCCACGUGCUGAUAUUGAACGCCCCAUACGAAUACGAUUCAAACAAAUAAUGAAGGAAUAUUAUCUUGAUGAAUCUGCUUAUUCUCAUCUUUCACCUCCAAUUUCGAAGAGGAUCUUCCACUUUAAAAGACAAAAAAUUGCUGAACUCAAAGCAAAAGCUCUAUCAGAGGUGGUAGACGAUGGUGUGGUCAGCAAUGAAAUCUCCUCUCUGCAAGCUGUCGUCAGCCAUAUUUGGAGAUCUGUGAUAAAAAAUCAGAAUCUUGAUCCCGAAGAAGAAGUCGCUUUCAGAUUCCUUGUAUCUGCUAGGUCCAGAAUUUCAAACCCACCAAUUCCCGAAAGCUAUUUCGGAAACACAGUGCAAUUUGCUAGCGUGAUGAUGAAAGUAAGAGACCUGGUGGGUGAUAGAGGACUUGGAAAAUUUGCUUUGGAGAUGAACAAGAAGAUCUCGGAAUACACAGAGCAGAAGAUCAAGAUGGACUUUGAAGCUUUGAUCCCAAAUCCCAUGGUGCGUUUACAGAGUGGCAUAAUUGGGAAGGUUAUGAAUUGUGGCAGCAGCACAAGAAUCAACUUUUACGCCAUCGACUUCGGCUGGGGAAGACCGGCAGCAAUUCGCCGUGGCCCUGCUUUUAUGCAUGAUUGGGACCUGGUGGCCGAUGCCGGAGCAGAAGAAGGUAGCUUUGACAUUGAGCUUUGCAUGUCCUAUGAAAUAUUAGAAACUAUGGGAAGAGACCCUGAGUUCAUGCAUGCGGUGUCGCCGCCGGAGCCAGUAAGGUUAUCCAAUAAACUAGCACGAGGUCGACUGUGAAAGGAGGAGAGAACUUGAUGUAACAUUUUGCAUAUCAUUUGUUAUCUUUGUACGCAAGUGUAUAUCGAGCAUCUAUGUUUUACCUAGUCGCAUUACAGUUUAUGAUAAGUUUGUCGUAUUUAUUAAUUAAUUUGUUCGUUUUCAUG